UCGAGACAGGGUUUUUCUGUAUAGCCCUGGCUGUCCUGGAGCUCACUCUGUAGACCAGGCUGGCCUGGAACUCAGAAAUCCGCCUGCCUCUGCCUCCCAGAGUGCUGGGAUUACAGGCCACCACUGCCUGGCACUUCUUUUUCUUUUUUAGUCCUAGUUUGUGAUGCAAAUUUUUGUCCUACCUCUUUCCACUGCUCCGGGGCUCCCUUUCUCUGUGGGUCUUGGAGACAGCUCCUGGCAACCAGCUGAGGCUAGAACUCUACCCUGCUGAGGCAGAUGCAGGUUUAAGGUCCUGAGGGUAUAUGCAAGGUUGUUAGAGUGGUGUGUCUGAAAUAGUUGAAACAAUGUAAUACAUAGACUAACUAGGUUUUAUUUAUUUAUUUAUUUUUUGAGACAGUUUCACAUUACUUGAAUUUACUAUGUAGCUUUGAAUGAUCUUGAACCCCUGAUCCUUUUGCUUCUGCUAGGAAUCCAGGCUGCCAGGCCAAGGUUUUACUUUGUUUCUUUUUGUAUGUUUUGCAAGCUGCAAGUCCAGUCUAAGGGUUGGGAGCCUGCAGCAGAGCCCCCUCCUUUUGUUUUUUGUUUUUGUUUUUGUUUAUUUCCGAGACAGGGUUUCUCUGUGUAGCUCUGGCUAUCCUGGAAAUCACUCUGUAGACCAGGCCAGCCUCGAACCCAGAAAUCCGUCUGCCUCUGCCUCCCAAGUGCUGGGAUUAAAGGCAGGUGUGCGCCACCACCGGCCAGCUCAGGGCCCUCUCCUUGGCUGUCAUUUAGGGUCAGUGAUUACCUGAGUGAGGAUUAGUUCACCUCCCUUUUAAAACCUGUUUACUAUUUCUCCUUAGAAUAUCUUUUGUUCUCUGAAAAAUUCAUACACGUAUACAAUGUAUUUUGAUCAUAUUCAUCCCAAACUCCCACGUCUGCCUCCCCAUGGCCCCUCCCACCUCCAAGUCUUUAAAGAAUGAAUGCAGACAGCUGUGCAUUCCAAGUCUACACACUUUUGUCCGUCCCUCUGCAAUGCCUACAAUGGAGGCUAUUUCUACAACCCAUGACACCAAGCUGGCCUCUUCUGCAUCUGUCCCCAUGCUCACUGUACCUAUAUACUAUGUUAAGUACUUAUAAACAAGGCUGGGUAGGGCCGUGGUAGUGUGUGCCUUUAAUCCUAGCACUCUGGGAGCCAGAGAGAUAAGCAGAUCUGUAUGAGUUCAAGGCCAUCUUAGUCCACAUAGUAAGUUUCAGGACAGCCAAGGCUACACAGAGACCCUGCCUCAAUAAAAGCAGUUAAUAUAUGCAUUAUUUAAUGCUAACUUAUAUGUAUAUGUUACUACCCCAUCAUAAAGGUGAGCCUUGGCAAGGUUAGUUUGCUUAAUUAAGUUAGAGGUUCUUGUAGGUUGCAACCCCUUUGGGGACAAACAGCCCUUUCACAGGGGUCACCUAGGACUAUUGUAAAACACAUUUACACAUUAUGAUUCAAAGCUAGCAAAAUUACAGGUAUAAAGUAGCAAUGAAAUAAUGUUAUGGUUGGUGUCACGAUAAUAUGAACUGUAUUAAAGGGUUGCAGCCUCAGCAAGGUUGAGAACCACUGGCUUAAGUGGCAGAGCAUGAAUUGAAACCUGCUCACCUGCUCACCUGCUCACAGACACUGCUUUCCUCUGCUCUAAGUUAGUGUGGGUUUUCUCUGAAAUAGCCAGGAUUUGCUCUGUCCCUAAUGGGUGUAUUACCAAGCUUGGAGACUCCACCUUCUUCCUUCAGAUUCUAGUUAUUGAUGUGUGGAACUCAUUCCUGAUAGGUAAAUCAUAGAAAACGAGAUGUUUAUGGUGACAUCACCUGAAGUGUCUCCUGUCAGUCAGCCUUUUGUGUGUGUGUGUGUGUGUCUGAUAUUGUUUUGCAGAAGAAUUGGGCCAUAUUGUCAAAGCAGGACAGGAUGGGGGGGAGGAGUUGAGGUUUGAAAGGGGGCCAUGAGUUCCUUUGAAAUGAAAGACCACUCUGGUCAGCUCUCUAAUGCCCAUUUAAAAAGCCCAGAUGAACAAUGCCCAGGCAAUCAAAACAAAGUAAUCAUCUGAGCGACUUAGACACCUAUUUCUCUGUGGGCUGGGCUUGGAGGCCCAGGGCAUUUUGACUUCAUGAGUCUUCCCCAAAGGAAUCCAGAAAUAUGAUCAGUCACUGUCAAAGCCCAGUUUCCCUGCGACAAGCCUUAGGAGGACCCUGCUGGUUUUGACUUAGGCGACUCCAGAAGCAAAUAAGAAGUAGCAGUGGUUAGACUAGCUUGGGCUAGGCUAGCCUAGGGAACAUGGAGCCGCUCCUCUGUUGCUACUAUUUGAGUCUGAACAGGUGUGGAGCCUAAGGCUGUGUACUUGUAGGCUGUAGCUGACACACAUGUAGUCUGUAACUGGCUGCUUUUGUUUUGUUUUGUUUUGUUUUGUUUGAGACACUCACUAUGCCGCCUUGGCUGGUUGGAAACUUUUAAGUAGACCAGGCUGGCUCUGAACGAAUGCAGCCAGUGGCCUUUUUGGGGCUUUGUAUUGGGUUUCUUCCCAAAUCCUUAAGGGCAUAAAUGGCGUACGUAAUGUGGAAUGCACGUAUGGAGCUGGGCUGGCACUUCCUAUAGGGAAGCCAUGAGUCUACACAGCGCUGUGAAAGUUGGUUCCACCGCACCCCACCCCCGGCUCCCGGAAAGGGCGGGUUUGCGAGGUGGGCGGUCCGGUGGGUGGGAUUUUGAUUCCUGAUAGUUUAAGGGGGUGGGGCUCAGGGUCUCCAUGGAAACGGCUUCUACUCGCCAGACUUGCUUGGAGGUAAACGGCCGGCCUGAUGGACGCGGACAGUCUCCUGUUGUCGCUGGAGCUGGCGUCUGGCAGUGGGCAGGGACUCAGCCCGGACCGUCGGGCCUCGCUGCUCACGUCCCUUAUGCUGGUGAAGCGUGAUUACCGCUUUGCACGGGUCCUUUUCUGGGGCCGCAUCCUUGGCCUUGUCGCGGAUUACUACAUCGCACAGGGCCUGAGUGAGGACCAGCUCGCACCACGCAAGACGCUCUACAGCCUGAACUGCACAGAGUGGAGCCUCUUGCCCCCUGCCACAGAGGAGAUGGCGGUGCAGACAUCUGUGGUGAGCGGCCGCUUCAUGGGUGACCCUUCCCACGAAUAUGAGCACACGGAGCUCCAGAAGGUCAACGAAGGAGAGAAGGUCUUCGAUGAAGAAGUGGUGGUCCAAAUCAAGGAAGAGUCUCGUUUGGUGUCCAUCAUUGACCAGAUUGACAAGGCCGUGGCCAUCAUCCCCCGAGGUGCCCUCUUCAAGACCCCCUUUGGAGUCACCCACGUCAACCGGACCUUUGAAGGCCUGCCCCUGACUGAGGUCAGGAAACUCAGCUCCUACUUCCACUUCAGGGAGGCUAUUGAUCUGAAGAACAAGACCUUGCUCGAGAAGUCGGACUUGGAGCCCUCGCUGGACUUCCUGGACUCCCUGGAGUAUGACAUCCCCAGAGGGUCUUGGAGCAUCCAGAUGGAAAGGGGCAAUGCGCUGGUGGUGCUGCGCAGCCUGCUCUGGCCAGGCCUCACCUUCUACCACGCUCCCCGCACCAAGAACUAUGGCUACAUCUACGUGGGCACAGGCGAGAAGAACAUGGACUUGCCCUUCAUGCUGUAGGAAGGCAGGCUGGAUAUGAUGUGGAGUCGAAACACUAUUUCAUAAAGUUCAACCACGGGGCCUGCUUGGUCUGUCUGGGUUUUG